CACUCAUAGAAUAAUUUAAAUUAUUAUUUUUUAAUAAAAAAAGUGUCAACGUUACGAAUAUUAGUUAGCUACGACUACGCGUAUAUAUCAUCCUCCUCAUCACUGACGUAUCCUCCUACCCGUUGCAUUUUCCCCAUUUUCUACUUUUCUUCUUUUUCGCAAUUUCUUCGAAUAAUUCCUCUUUUUCAUCGAAACUUCAUCGUGUAUUUUGGGAUUCCUUCCUCUUUCGUUGAUUGAUUGAUUGAUUUGAUCUUCCUGGUUUUCAAAUUUUCAAUUUCUCGACUCUGAUUUCCCGAUUUAGGGUUCUUAAAAGAACCUAGUUUGACUUGAUUUCUGUUGUACUGAUGCUGGUUCUUUGAUUCAUUUGGGGGCUUUUGUAAGUGUGAUUCUCUCCGUUUUCUUUUUUUUUUGUAUCUAUGUUCUUAUAACACUGUAGAUGCGAAAAUUUGUUGGGGUUAUGAAUCUAUAGUGUUUAUUUAUUUUUGAAUAGGUUUCUGUAUAUAUAUAGUUUAGAUUCUUGAAAGUUUAGUUCCUUUUGUAAGGAAAAAUGUCGUCGGCUGGGAUUGCGGUUAGUAGAAUUAGGGCGGAUGAUCCUGUGAUUUCACCGCGAUUUUUCCACUAUACUUUUGAUUUGAAUUUGGAUGAAUCUAUAAUGGUUUUCUUGAGUGUUUCUGGGAAUAUGAUACCUUUGCGUGUGUUUGAAUCGGACUCGAUUGAGUCUGUGAAAAUGAAGAUUCAAAGCUUCAAAGGGUUUGUUGCCAAAUCCCAGAAAUUGGUUUGUGGAGGGAGGGAAUUAUCUCGUAGUAAUUCGUUGGUUCGCGACUAUGGAGUUGCUAAUGGCAAUGUUCUUCACUUAGUGCUUAGGCUUUCUGACCUUCAGACUGUUAAGGUUAAGACAGAAUCCGGGAAGGAGUGGACUUUCGAUGUCGGGCGAUACCGGGACGUUGGGUAUGUUAAGAAGCAGAUAGCUAGGAGGGCGAAAGGAUUAGUUGAAGAGGAUGAUCAGGAGAUUGUUUAUGAAGGAGAGCCACUUAAGGAUCAGCAAUUAGUUGAUGACAUUUGCAAGCAAAAUGAUGCUGUAAUUCAUUUGCUUGUAAGGAAGUCUGCUAAGAUUAGGGCGAAACGUGUUGCCAAGAACAUUGAUGAGCUUUCUGUGGAAGCAACGGGGUUGGGUAAGAGGCGAGCUUAUGAGGUUAAGCCGGUUGAUUCGGUAUUGGCAUCGAGUUACCUCCGUGAAAAAGACUUUGUUUUCGAGCCCGUGGUUGUCAAUCCGAAAGCUGAAAUACCAUCAGCGAUAUUGGAUGUUAUGGAGAUGACUUAUGAGGGAUUAAAUAGUGGGAAUACUCCAAUCAGGUCAGCUGAAGGUUCUGGAGGGGUUUACCUUAUGCAGGAUUCGACUGGGUUAGAGUAUGUAUCUGUGUUCAAGCCUGUUGAUGAGGAGCCUAAGGCAAGGAACAACCCCCAUGGUAUACCUGGGACCCUUGAUGGUGAAGGGUUGAAAAGGGGUACUAAAGUUGGGAAAGGGGCGUUUAGGGAGGUAGCGGCUUACCUGUUGGAUCAUCCAUUGAAUGGGAGACGCGAUUUCUCUGGAGAAGCAAUGGGUUUUGCUGGGGUUCCUCCUACGGGUUUGGUGAAAUGCUUGCAUAGUGGAUUCAAUAACCCUGAUGGCUUAACUCCUAAGAUGGGAUCCUUACAGAAAUUCAUUAAGAAUGAUGGAAGCUGUGAGGAUAUCGGUCCUGGUUCAUUUCCUGUGGGAGAGGUGCACAAAAUUUCCGUGCUUGACAUAAGGCUGGCUAAUGCAGACAGGCAUGCUGGGAAUAUAUUGUAUAGCAAGGACAAGGAGACUGGUCAGACUGUCCUGAUUCCCAUCGAUCACGGAUACUGCUUGCCGGAUUAUUUUGAAGACUGCACAUUUGAAUGGCUCUACUGGCCACAAGCUAAGCAACCAUUCUCUGCUGAGACUGUUGAGUAUAUUAAGUCUUUGGAUGCCGAGGAAGACAUUGCUCUCCUCAAGUAUUAUGGAUGGGAUCUACCCAUUGACAGUGCCCGCACUCUUCGCAUCUCUACCAUGUUGUUGAAGAAAGGGGUGGAGCUUGGGUUAACUCCAUAUGAAAUUGGAAGCAUCAUGUGCCGGGUGAACAUUAACAGGGAGUCUGUGCUUGAGGAAAUUGUCCAAGAAGCACUGGAUUCAGCACUCCCCUGCACAAGUGAAGCAGGUUUCCUCGAAACUGUGUCCGACAUCAUGGAUCGUCGCCUUGACGAGAUUUCGGGGUAGUUGAUAGUGGUAUAUACAUGUGCAUAAUGUUAGGUACAUAAAAAGUAUGCACAGAUUUAAUAAUAGGGGUUGAUAGAUAGCUUUUCUUUUCUAGGCUUCCCUCAGUUGAAGUACAUUCUUUAAUUCUCAUCGAGUCAGUUCUGAUUUCGCCGAAGCUUGGAAACCUCUCAGCUAGUUUGGAUGAAGGUUUUCAUGCUAGGGGGUAAUCUUUAUCCUGUUCAGUGUUUUCCACACCAUUUCUAUCAGAUUGUAUUUCAUCUCAUACAUCUAGUUGUAUUUAGAUGAAUCUAACAAGAAUUGUGUAUGAGUUUGUAUCUUUGGGUGUUUGGCUUGUGUGUACUCUCAGGUGGGAGUAUUGCGUACUCGUUGGCAAAAAUCUUGUCGCGAUUUCCGACAUCAAUUAUUGUGUACUAGCAAGGUGAAUGAAGGCUAGUCUUGUAUUUGCAGUAGAUGGGUCCAUAUUUUGACAAAGUUGUUCGGGUAUUGGUCAUAUCUAGCAACAAAGAUACGUAGUAUUUGAAAUGCAAGAAUUCGAACGAAAUCAGAAGAGGAUGAAUCAGUAUGAAUCACUAUUGAUAUAAAAUAAGAGUUAGAGAACAGUGAAUUUAGUCUUUAAAAUCCUUAAUUUGCUCUGAUUUGUGCCAUACUUUUGGGUUACUCAAAGGCUUGUCUCUCUCCCUAACAAUGCAAGGGACGUAUCAGAUGUAAUAAGAUUAUUUAUGCUUGUAA